AUAAAUGCCCUGGACUGCGAAAUAUUGUUCAUCUGCACAAGCGUGUGAAGUCGGGUCACAGGCUCGGGGACAUGUUCAGCCUUCCCAAAUGUUAUCCGUUGCGCUGAUCGACAUGGGGGAGUUGGUGACAAAGACACUUUUUUACGACUGAGGCAGCGGAAGUUCGAUGUAUUGCCAAUUUUUCAUACGGCGUUUUAAAUACAUUUCAACCAAGAGGGAGCGGGACCGAACAGAAUACUCGCAGACAUCCAAAAGUUUUUUUUCAAGUGGACAGCAAUUUCUACAGGUCCAGCUCCUCUUAAAUUUAAGAUAACCACGAAAGACAACAUGCCGAAUAAAUUUUUCGUAUUCUGUCUCCUAUUGCUGGUUUUUGUGGAAACUUUUAUUGUAGUCUGCGCUCAGACGGAGGCCGACUACCUGGGGCCAGUUGUUAAUGAUAUCAUCGGAGCAGCUGCGUCCCCAACACAGCAAUCUGGAAGAGAUAAGGACAGCCUGAGCGCGAACAGUUCACACCCCUGGCCCAUGUCUCCCGGGCGACCCAGAGCGCACCCACCUAUGUGUUCCGGAACUACUGAAAUCAGAGAUACAUUUAAAUAUAUAAACACCGUGGUCUCUUGUCUUGUGUUCGUUGUUGGAAUAAUCGGGAACUCGACAUUAUUGAGAAUCAUCUACAAAAACAAAGGCAUGAGGAACGGACCCAACUUUCUUAUCGGCAGUCUUGGUUUGGGGGACCUCUUACACAUUAUAAUAGAUAUACCCAUUAAUGUUUACAAGCUGUUGGCUGUAGAUUGGCCGUUUGGUGUUGGACUCUGCAAACUGGUGCCGUUUGUUCAAAAAGCAUCUGUUGGAAUUACGGUCUUGAGUUUAUGUGCAUUGAGCAUCGACAGGUAUCGGGCUGUCACAUCAUGGAAUCGUAUCAAAGGAAUCGGUAUUCCGAAGUGGACCGCGAUAGAAAUCGCAUUGAUAUGGGUCAUAUCAAUCAUCCUAGCUGUGCCUGAGGCUGUUGCCUUUGACAUGAUUGCAAUGGAGUACAAAGGAGAGCAUCUGAGAAUAUGCCUCCUGCACCCAAUGCAGACAUCCAAGUUCAUGCAGUUUUAUAAGUCGGCGAAAGAUUGGUGGCUCUUCAGCAUCUAUUUUUGCAUGCCUGUGGCCUGCACUGCAAUCUUCUACACGCUCAUGACCUGUGAGAUGCUAAGGAAGAAGAAUGGGAUGCAGAUUGCUUUGACUGACCAUCUGAAGCAGAGACGAGAGGUGGCUAAGACCGUUUUUUGUUUGGUGCUUGUGUUCGCGCUCUGUUGGCUACCCCUGCAUCUCAGCAGAAUCUUGAAAUUGACCAUUUAUGAUGAAAAGGACCCUAACAGGUGUGAAUUGCUAAGCUUCUUCCUGGUGCUGGACUACAUUGGCAUCAACAUGGCCUCUGUGAAUUCCUGCAUCAAUCCCAUUGCUCUGUACAUGGUCAGCAAAAGGUUUAAGAGCUGUUUCAGAUCCUGUCUGUGCUGUUGGUGCACUUCUCCCGAGAUGCUGGAUGAGAAACAGUCUUGCAUGAGGUCCAAGGUCAAUGGACGCGGCUCAGAGCAAAGCAACUCCCGAGGCAGCAAUAAGUAUACCUCUGCCUGAUGGAGGCGCCGUUGCUGUCUGCUCAGUGUGACUUUUUGAGCCUAGCCAACAAUAGCAAAUCUUCUGUGCUCUUAUAGCCUCAGAAGACUUGCAGAAAUGUGCUGAGAAUCUUUAUUCUGUUCCACAGUAGCUAAGAGGGCUGCAUGGGAAAUGGAGGCAAUUAAAAAUUGCCAAUAUGCAAAACAUUUCCCUGUCUGUAUUUUAUGGAUGAAAAAAAAAAAAAAAACUAUACUAUACUAUAGCACAGUAAAAGACUGAAGACUAAAUUAGCAUUUAGGCGACAUAAGUUUGGAAUAAAGUUAAGUGUGCUUUUGAACAUUAUAGCUGUGGGCUUCAUUUCCAUCUACAUGAACAUAUCAUUAUUUGUCAAUUAGUUCAGCUUUUUGUUAGUGGAAUCUGUUAUAUCAUCCUUGGUUUGAGUUGUAUGGAAAUAGACAUACAGUAAAAUUUUGCUAAAAUGAUACAGUAGACCUGGGGAGAGGGUGUCUUCACCAAGGAUACAGAAUUUUAUUUGCAUUAUUUCUUCAAAUCAGACAACCAUUCUUUACUGUCCUAUGGAUUAUUUGAAUAAACAGUUAUUCUUAACUCAGUGGCAACUUUAAAGUUACACAGUUCUUGGUGGUAAAUGCAUAUGCCAUCAGAAGACAGUUGUUUUUGAACUUUUUUCCUCCAACUUGAACUUUUUUUCCUUGGUUUAAAGAAAAUAAUUUAUGUAAAAUAAGAAGCACUAUGGGCUGGCCCUGUGUUUGUACUGACUCACUGAAGAACUGGCAGUAGUUUGUGUAUACACAAAUAUAUUAAUUACAAAAUGCCUCCCGGACCAUUUUAUCUACAACUUAAAGUGUUGAGGUGUUGGUUGUUGCAUGUAUUACAUGUGAAAUACAUGCAUGCAAAUACAUAUUUCAAAUGUAUCCAUCCAUCCCUCUAGCAUGUGUAUAGCAGUUAAGGCCAUAAUCUUUCGGCAAGCUGCUCUGAUUUGGUUUCCAAGGGGCAUGUCAUUUCGGGGCUUGCAUACUAUGGAUACUAAAACAAAUGCAUACUACAAAACAGUUGGAAGAUUUAUACAUGAAAGUCAUGUACUCUUGUACCUUUAUACAUAAUCGCUGAUCAUAAAAGAUUUCUUUUAAAUUAUUUUUUUGAAGGAUUCACAGAAGCAGCACAUUAAAGUAAAGCCCUCUUUCAUCUAGCUGCUAAACCAAAAUAAAGUUUAUUGUUCAUUAUAUCAGUGCUGUGCUUGUAUUGGUUGGUUAUCUGCCAUCUAAAACCGUACACUGAGCCAAAUAACAGAUGACCCUUUCAUUUUAAAAUACGCAUACCGCUGUGCUAAUUGCCGUUUUAAUGCCAAAUGGAUAAUGCAUGUGUUUUGUGAAUCUUGCUGGAUUGAACAUUAGAUUAGCAUUGGAGAGAAUUAAGCAGUGUAGUUUUCAUGCAUUGACUGUGACAUUACAUUUUGUUGUUUUGUAGUUCUCUUUUGAGCCAUCUCAUAUAUUUUAACCAAAACAUGAAUAAAAUUGUAUAUACUGUGUCUAGAAGUCAUUCUUAAUGUAAGUAUCCAAUGCUGGAACUAAAAUAAUCUGUUUUUGAGGGAGACAUUGUUAUCUAGCACUUACCUAAAUUAUAGGUUUAUUAUUCAGAGGUAGGAACUCUCUUUUUUUCUUUUUUAUGCCAUAGUUCAGCCCCAUUUUUAACUUUCAUGUCAUUUAUGAAUGGUUAUUUCUUCCAUGUUUGGAUCCAUGUGAUUAGUUACUUUUAAAAAAAGUUUUAAAUGUGUUAUUAUGUUCAUAAAGUGUCGAUUAUCAUUGUAUUUUAUAAAACUUGAUAUUUUUACAUUAACCUUAAUGUAUUAGUAUUCUGUCCAUGAAGUGAAAGGGCUAAGCACCACUUAUUUCUUUACUGUGCUUAACUGAAAUUAAACACUGCCAGACUUUGCAAUGCCACCCUA